AGUACUAUUAUUUAUUCGUCGUAAUUGACGAUAAACGCUGGAUUUCUACACUCCCCACGUUCUUGUUCCUCUCCACCGACGCUUUUUGCCUCCUUUCUUCUCCAAUUAAGCAGGUUGAAGCAAGAAAACAGAGCUCAGCCAUGGCGGGUUUACUGUACUCUUCAUGGUUUCUCUCUCUUUUGCUCUUCUGUUUCGCUUCACUCGCCCGUUCGCAGUCGUUUAUUGGAGUGAAUUACGGCCAGGUAGCCGACAAUCUGCCGCCGCCGGCGGAGACGGUGAAGCUCCUGCAGUCCACUGCAAUCGAGAAGGUUCGGUUGUACGGGUCGGACCCGGGGAUCAUUAAGGCAUUCGCGAACACCGGGAUUGGGAUAAUGAUCGGAGCAUCCAACGGAGACAUCCCGGGUAUGGCUUCGGAUCCCAACUUUGCGAAGAACUGGAUCAACGCUUAUGUGGUUCCGUUCUACCCCGCCAGCAACAUCAUUCUCAUCAACGUCGGCAACGAGGUGAUGUCGUACAACGACCGGAAUCUGAUGACGCAGCUGCUGCCGGCGAUGCAGAAUCUCCAGAAUGCCCUUGAUUCCGCCGAUUUGGGCGGGAAAAUCAAGGUUUCAACUGUCCAUUCCAUGGCCGUGUUGCGGCAGUCUGAUCCUCCCUCGUCCGGGAGCUUUGAUCCUAGUAUUGGGGAUCUGUUGAAGGGAUUGUUGGAGUUCAAUAAUGCGACGGGCUCGCCUUUUGCGAUUAACCCUUACCCGUAUUUCGCGUACCGGAGCGAUCCCAGGCCCGAGACUCUGGCCUUCUGCUUGUUCCAGCCUAACUCGGGCCGAGUUGAUUCGGGCUCCAAGAUUAAGUAUACUAACAUGUUUGAUGCUCAGGUGGAUGCUAUUAGAUCUGCAUUAGAUGCAAUGGGAUUCAAGGGUGUCGAGAUUGUGGUUGCUGAGACGGGGUGGCCUUACAAGGGAGACAACGAUGAGGUCGGCCCCAGCAUCGAGAACGCCAAGGCUUACAAUGGGAAUUUGAUUGCACAUCUGAGGUCGAUGGUGGGAACUCCCUUGAUGCCGGGAAAAUCUGUUGAUACUUAUCUUUUCGCACUGUAUGAUGAGGACCAGAAGCCGGGACCGACUUCUGAGAGAUCGUUCGGGCUCUUUAAGCCUGAUCUAACCAUGGUUUAUGAUGUUGGACUGUCUAAGACUGGCAACCAGAACACUUCGUCAACACCAAAAGCAUCAGUGAAACCGGCCCCAAAGUCCAAGAAGGACGCUUGGUGUGUGCCAAAGGCAGGUGUGUCAGACGCCCAACUACAAGAGAAUUUGGAUUACGCUUGCGGCCAAGGCAUCGACUGUAGCGCAAUCCAACCAGGAGGAGCUUGUUUCGAGCCAAUGACUGUAGCUUCUCACGCGACUUAUGCUAUGAAUCUCCUGUAUCAAACAUCCGGCAAGAAUCCAUGGGACUGCGACUUCUCGCAGACGGCCACCCUAACGUCCACAAAUCCCAGUUAUGAUAAGUGCAGUUAUCCUGGUGGAAGCAGCUGAGUAUGGAGAAUGGUUGGGCUAUAAGGUUUUGCUGUUCUUGUUCUUCACAAGUGGGUUGAAGUAUAUACUUUUGUCGGAAUGAGUGAUGAUGAGGGAUCACUCAAAAGAGAGAAUAUGUAAAAGGUAGAGAUGUGUGGACUAUGGAGAAGGAAUCCCAUCAUUCCCACUCAUCCUCCUUAGCUUUAUGUAAAGGGAUUUUGCUUCUUCACCUCAUGUACUUUGUAUUCUAUGUAAAGUCUUUGCACUCCAAAUUUUUAGUUAUUUCUCACUUGAUGUAAUGUCAUCAUAAUUUUCAGUUAGGACAACUAUAUUUAGCCAAAGACGUAAUUUUAGUCCUGUAAUUUUUCGGUUGAUUGGAUUUGCAAUUUUUUUAA